AUCAUUAAUAAAUAUCUUCUAACGUUUCAUUCUAUCGGCGCAAUGGUUAGCGAAGACGAAGACGAAGACGAAAGGUACGGUCGCCUUCAUCUCGCCUACGACAACGUCGUUCGUAGGUCAAAGCAGCGGAGGAAGAAGUGUAUAGCCAUGGAAGUAUUAAAGAAAGGUGUAUUCCGUCGCUUGUCCAUCUCUCCUUUUCAUCAGACUCAGUCUGCAGAGAGUAGAGAAUUAAUCGAAGCCCGUCUCUGUGCUUUACUCCCUCAGAUACUCGAUCACACCCCUAAUCACCCUCCUUAUGCUGAGAUGAUACAGAGAGCUAUCGAGAGGUUGAAACAAGAAGGUGGUUCCUCUGAAUUAUCUAUUUCGACUUACAUCAGUUCAACGUAUGCAGACUUGCCGUGGGCUCAUUCGCAUCUUCUUCCUCACCAUCUCCGUAAACUCACUGAAGCGGGUGAGAUAAUAGCUACCCCUAACUCUUGUUAUUCGCUUUCAUCAUCAAACCCUAGCCAUAGUCCUGAGCAGCAGCAGCAGCAGCAGCCUGAUGACGAUGACAAUGAUGAUGAUGAUGACUUCCCGGAGACAAUCAUUAGGACCAGGCCUCCUGGAAAACCUCGGAAGGAGCUCUCACAGAGAUCCCAACCGCCGAAGAAAGGACGAGGGAAACGUACUAAGAAAUCUAGGUCUGAACAGGAAGAAACCACCCCACAAGAAUUAAUAGUGGAAACAGAAAGAAAGCAGCCCUCAUUACUGCUGUUGCCACAGCCGAAGCGAGAGAGCCGCCGGAUGUUGGGUCAGGGGAGAAGGUGA